GGUGGCACAAAGUUCUGAGCACUGGCAUGAAAGAGGCCCUGGUGGGUGGGCGAAACCGCGAAUUCCUUGAAUUCCUUGGUGAUAGCUAUUUAAUAGCUUGUUCCUAGACACAAAAAAUAUAUACUCCACAGUCUUUGCGAGAAAGCUCCUCUGUUUUCCGAGGUUUGUGUCGAUUUCGCCACUGGAUCCAUAUCGGUUGCUUGCGCUGUCUCAAACAUCCCCCCCCCCAACCUAGCAACUGAAAGCCGCUAUUUUGUUCCAAUAGGCACUUGGCGAAUGCUGAUCUGAUUGGGUCGCUCGCUCAAGAGGAGCCGGGCGCUCCCAAGGGCCAGUGUUUUUUGGUUUUUGGUGGGUCCAGCUGGGACAUGUCUCCUCAACUUUCAGCGGGUUUUACAACGGUCUUGCAGCCAAGACAUGCAGGCUUGUUCCUCGGCACCAUAUGUCAAGCAUGUCAUCAUUACUUUCAAUUUGUCUCUCCUAAACGAAGGGAUAUUGGGAGUCCAAGCAGGUGACCAACUUGCAGCUGCCUCCUCGUUAGAAAUAGUGUGAAAGUCGUACAUCCAUACAAAUAAUAAAUAAAAAUGAAGGAAUACCCGAUUCGGACGAGAUCAGAUCACGAUCACGUGGACCCGCGUUACAUCCAUGGAUCAGUCAGUCCCCUCGACGCGCCUGCGUCACCAUCAACAUCGAAAAGUCGCCCCCCAAGGCAAACUGAACCACUUCGACGAUUUGGAACUCGAUGAAAUGUGGUGUAGAUAAACGUGUUCCUGACUACAGACUGUAGUUACUAGGACAUUUGGUUGUUUAUCCCUGUACUCUUUUGUUUUUCUUGAGUUAGAACAUAGUACAAUGUACUGUACAGUACAUACAAUGUCGAGCUGCUCCUAUGGUAGCGAAUUUAGUGACUUCGAUGAUCGAGACAUCCUCACCGUUGCCGCCUCUGCUAAUCUUUCAGCCACCACCUCCGACAGCCCUCCAGCCCGCAAACGAAGACGCUUGAGUCAUGUUGGAGCGAGUGACACACGAGAACCGACUUCUUCUUGGGACGAAAAUGGUAGUGGAGGGGACGACGGGAGCGGCCAUGAAUCGGGUCAGAACCUGGGUACCCUACCUUCGCGUCAUCGAGCACCGACAGUCAGAUACAAGAAUGAAGUAAAUACAAAGCCAACCGCUUCAAAAUACAAAAUAUAUCAACCUAAACGCCCACUUGCCCAAGAACCGACUUUCGUGACCCAGUUGACCCAGCCUCCUUCGAGCCCUUCAAUGAUUCGUGGGCCUCGGUGGAAAAAGCCUGACCCAGAGGUUCUUGCUGCGAAACCAGUUCCGACCCGCGUGAAUGUCGAGAGAUGGAAUAUUAUAGAGACGGAGAAUAACGACAUGGACGAGGAUCUGAAAGCUGCCAUUGCCGCAUCUCUGGAUUCGUUUCGAGGGGAAAACAACGGAGACAUGGAACCGUCGCCUAAUUCCGGCAAACAGAAAAAUCCCAGCUCUACCAAGUCUAGUUUUGGGCCUCAGGAUAUGCUUUUUGAUAUUGGAGAUAUCCCUGAAGACGCUUUCGACUCUUCCCUAGAUUCAUCAUCUGAUUCGCCUACGAAAGCUCCCGUUUUAAUUUCAUCCUCCGAACCGUUUCCUUCUCAAUCUUCAUUCCGCCGACAUGGAAGUUCUCAGCAAAAGAACUUACGGCAGAUGACUCUCUUUGGUGGACCUUCUCAAACUGGCAAGCCAUCAUUGUCAUCGCAAUCUGGGUCCCACAAUUGGCCCUUAGCAAACAACAAUGAACCUCCAACACAUCAUAAACUAGAUUCUACCGCUGUAAGAUCUUGGAUAUAUCCAAUAAACUUGGGCAAGAAAAGAGAGUACCAAUUUAACAUCACCCAGCGUGCUCUUUUUCACAAUUUACUUGUUGCACUUCCGACCGGUCUUGGAAAAACUUUCAUUGCUGCUACCGUCAUGCUAAAUUGGUUUCGGUGGACCACAGAUGCCCAGAUAAUUUUCGUUGCUCCAACAAAACCAUUGGUCUCCCAGCAAGUUGCCGCAUGUUUUGGUAUUGCGGGAAUACCUCGCUCACAAACUGUUAUGCUCACUGGCAGUACGGUGCCAGCAAUCCGUGCUGAAGAAUGGCAGAGCAAACGGGUCUUCUUCAUGACGCCUCAGACUCUUGUUAACGACCUCAAAAGUGGACAUGCUGAUCCAAAGCGAAUAGUACUGCUUGUUGUUGACGAGGCCCAUCGUGCCACCGGUAGCUAUGCCUAUGUUGAAGCGGUGAAACUUUUACAAAAAUACAACACCAGCUUUAGGGUCCUCGCGUUAACAGCAACUCCUGGGUCAACAGUGGAAGCUGUACAAGGAGUUAUUGAUGGUUUGAAUAUAUCUAGAGUUGAAAUACGAACAGAGGAGUCUCUCGACAUCAGUGAAUACGUUCACUCGCGAAAUGUUGAAAUAAAGACGUUUGAAAACUCCGACGAAAUGGUCAUGUGCAUGGACUUGUUCGGAAAGUCCUUGCAGCCCGUUUUGGAUAAACUUCGCGCCCAGAAUGCGUACUGGGCCAAGGACCCAAUGACUCUCACGCCAUACGGACUUAGGGUUGCCAGCCAGGAGUGGAUGAAUUCACCCGCUGGGAGAAAUGCAAACUACUCAUUCAAGGGCAUGAUACUCAAUAUAUUUUCGGUGCUUUCGAGUUUAGCCCAUGCAAUAGACCUUCUGAAAUUUCAUGGGAUCGGGCCGUUUUACCGCAAUCUCGUUGCAUUCCAGAGCUCCUUGAGUGAUGGAGGCGGUGGUAAAUACCGCCGUCAAGUCGCAGAUAAUGAGAAUUUCAAGACCCUGAUGAAUCGACUGAGGACGUGGACCAAUAAUGAAGAUUUUAUUGGACACCCAAAAUUGCAAUACCUAAAGCAGGUUGUGCUUAACCAUUUUAUGGAUGCCGAGGUUAAUGGCGACACUCCUUCUGCAAAUAGACGCCCGUCAAAUACGCGAAUAAUGGUAUUUGCUCAUUUUCGUGACAGUGCAGAAGAGAUCGUGAGGGUGUUGGCGAGACACGGGCCCAUGAUCCGUCCACAUGUGUUUGUUGGUCAAGCCGCUGCAAAAGGAUCAGAAGGGAUGGACCAAAAGACCCAACUCGAUAUCAUCGAGAAAUUUAAAAAGGGGACAUACAACACAAUUGUCGCUACCUCCAUCGGUGAGGAAGGCCUUGACAUUGGGGAGGUUGACCUUAUAGUGUGUUACGACUCUUCCGCCUCGCCCAUCAGAAUGUUACAAAGGAUGGGUCGAACCGGAAGGAAAAGAAGAGGGAAUAUUGUCCUUCUUUUGAUGAAAGGCAAGGAAGAGGAUUCGUUCACAAAAGCAAAGGAUAAUUACGAAAAAAUGCAGCGGAUGAUUGCUAGCGGAACUCGUUUCACAUUCCACGAUGAUAAGUCACCACGAAUACUUCCACGAGAAAUACAACCUUCAGUGGACGAAAGACAAAUAGACAUCCCAGCUGAAAAUUCCCAGGCGGAUCUACCCGAACCGGCCAAGCGUGCGAGAGUUCCUAAACGACCCCCCAAGAAAUUCCACAUGCCUGAUGGUGUUGAAACUGGAUUCACCAAGGUAUCUCGCAUCAAGGGUACGAAUGCGGGCCGUAAAGCUACAAAUGAACUUCCCCGCACACCACCGCCCAGAGUUGUCGAAACGCUUGGUAUCCCACAAUUGGAUGAAGUUCUCCUUUCCAAGGACGAGCAGAGAGAGCUAGAGCAAAGAUAUUGCAAUAUCGGAGCUACCUCUCCGCAGUUUGUUUGUCGACCACGAAUCGACGCCUAUCCAGAGCUGCAAAGGUCUUACCGCCCAAUAAAAUUUGUGAAGCACGGGACUGUCACCCGCCGGCUGGUUAAGGCUUGCCGGAACAUGAAUGCUUUAACAAUUGACUGCGAGAACCAUUUUAGAGAUCAUCUACACCCCGAUGACUUAUUACCUGAGCGUCAUGAAGCUCCAGCCUCCAAAGGCACGAGAAGAACGAGACAUUCUGCUCCAAAAGUUAGCGAAGAGCGUCCCGACUCACCCGAAUUUGGGCGACAGUUACGUCGCUCCAACAAUACAUCUCAUCCUUUUUCUCCGUUGAUGUGUUCUUCAUUCUCGCCGAAGCGUCCGGAGAGGAACUCGUUUCCCAAUUCCCAAGGCAGUGCAGGAGAUGAUCUUGAGCUUCCAGACGUCGAAACGCUCUUCAACCAGCUGACUAGGAAGCGGAUGUCCGAACAGGAGCAACAAAGUCCAUCAAGGGGAGCACGAAGGAAACGCCUUAUAGUUUGCCAUGACAGCGAUGAUUUUGAUAUUUAGAAUUACAAUUGUCUAUGAUUUGGCCGGAAGGAUGUUGCCUUGGGGCGUGAUCGAUACAACACUAUCCUGUAUUUUUAGGGUAUUGGACAGGCCUUAUUCAGCUGGCGUUUGUAUAUAGAUACUGUGGUAGUAGAUGCGCAGUAGUAUAUAUUACAUAGAGAUAUCCAAUUGACUAAAUUUUGUGCA